UCCUCUUCCCUCCUUUCUCCUGCUUGUCUUGUUGUGACAGCUUUGAUAUUGUUUAUUGAGGGUGGAUGUCAGGUAUAAUUAGCAAUCGAUAUGGAAAACGUUUGGCUCCCCCACCGCCCUGGCACGUCUCUGACGUCAGGGCCGAUUAACGUUUCUUAUUGGUCCCAAAUUCCCCGGGCCUGAGCCUAAUUAUGGGGAGGCCUGAUGUUGAUAAAGUUAAAGCGCCCGGGCGCCCUCCAGCAUGCGCCCUUCCUCGCGCGUCUACCUCGCCACCGUCGACGACGCUGCUGCCACCACCACACCGCGGCGGCGCUCCUCCGGCGGCGGUGGCGGCGGCAGCGGCGGCGGCAGCAGCAGCAGCAGCCGCCGCAGCUGCGUUAAGGGAGGCGCGCAACCCCCCACCCCCCGUCCGCCCCCUCCAUGAUGGACAGCCGCAUCCUGGAGCACCCCCAUGCCCAGUUCGGAGGCUUGGUGGGCUUCCCUUACCCCCUCGGCCAUCACCAUGUCUACGAGCUGGCCGGACACCAGCUGCAGUCGGCCGCCGCCGCCGCCGCCGCGGCUUCGGUACCCUUCUCCAUCGACGGAUUACUCAACGGCUCCUGCGCCGCCUCCGUGGUCAACCCCACCCCGCUCAUCCCCUCCGGCUGCGGAGACGGGCAGCCCUUCAAGCUCUCCGACUCCGUGGAUCCUGACAAGGAGAGUCCAGGUUGCAAAAGGCGACGGACCCGCACGAAUUUCACCGGUUGGCAGCUGGAAGAGUUAGAGAAGGCAUUUAACGAAAGUCACUACCCCGACGUAUUUAUGAGAGAGGCGCUGGCGUUGAGGCUGGAUCUGGUGGAAUCCAGAGUGCAGGUUUGGUUCCAAAACCGCCGGGCCAAAUGGCGAAAGAAAGAGAAUACGAAGAAGGGGCCCGGCCGGCCGGCGCACAACUCCCACCCGACGACGUGCAGCGGGGAGCCGAUGGACCCGGAGGAGAUCGCGCGCAAGGAGCUGGAGAAGAUGGAGAAGAAAAAGCGCAAGCACGAGAAGAAGCUGCUCAAGAGCCAGAGCCGGAACCUGCACUCGCCCAGCGGCCUCUCCGUCAACAGCAGCACGCAGAGCUCCGACAGCGACGGCGGCGGAGGAGGCCUCUCUCCGGACCCUCCGGACACCUGCAAGAUCGGCCCGCACAACCCGUCCCGGCCGGGCAGCUGCGACCCUGCGGCCUCGGCUUUCUACCCGAGCCGAGGCGGCCACGGGGUCUGUGGUGGCGGUGGCGGCGGCGGCAGCAACCGGUGUGCCGACAAGGACGGGUCCGCGCCGUCGGGCUCCGAGUGCGGGCCGCCUCCCUCGACGGCGCGAGGCGGGGUGGGCGGCUCGGGCGGCGCCUUGCCCAAGCUCAACCCGUUCAGCGUGGAGAGCCUCCUGUCGGACUCGCCGCCGCGGCGGAAAGCGGCGCUGGAUUUCCCGCAGGCCUUGGCGCCGUGCGCCCCGACGGCGCGCACGCUCAUCGGCAAGGGGCACUUUUUGCUCUACCCCAUCACGCAGCCGCUGGGCUUCAUCGUGCCCCAAGCCGCCCUCAAGAGCAACCCGGGCCAAGAGCCGCCGCAGGGGGGCUCCCCUCUGCCCGCCGCCAACCCCAGCCCGGACCCCGCGCCCCCCAAGAGCAGCAGCACCGCCGCCAUCUCCACGUCCGGAGGCCGCUUGCCGCCGGAGAAUAGCUCCUCCGUCGCGCCCGGGGCCCUCUGCGGACUGAGGAAGGCCGUGGCUUCCCCUCCGGCCACAGCCUGCUCCUCUUCCUCCGCUUCCUCCUCCUCCUCCUCUCCCCCCUCUGCCUAUUGCGAUUCCUCUUCCCAGAUGGACAGUAGCUGCGCCGUCGUGCAACCAAAGUCCCCCGCGAAAGACGCUUGUCAAUCCAGAGACAAUCCGGAUUGUCGCACAGAGCCAAACUGUCCAGCAGAGACCAGCAAUUUAGACUGUGAGGAAGUGGAUAUGGACUAAAGAAA